AUGAGUGCUGCAGGGUAUGAUAGGCAUAUUACGAUCUUCUCGCCCGAGGGGCGGCUGUACCAGGUCGAGUAUGCAUUCAAGGCAACGAAUCAGACCAACAUCAAUUCCGUGGCGAUCCGCGGGAAGUCAUGCACGGUCCUAGUGAACCAAAAGAAGGUGCCAGACAAGCUACUGGAGCCAUCGACAGUGACUUAUUUGUUCCCGAUUGCGAAACAUAUUGGGAUGUGCGCGACGGGCCCGAUUGCCGACGCACGCAAUGUGGCUGUCCGGUGCAGAGCCAUGGCGGCCGAAUUCCGGUACGAGUAUGGCUAUGACAUGCCGGUGCAUGUGCUUGCCAAGCGCUUUGCCAACCUAUCGCAGACGUACACGCAACGAGCAUACAUGCGGCCGCUGGGAGUGGUGCUUACGUUCAUUUCCGUGGACGAGGAGGAGGGGCCAUCCAUCUUCAAAUGCGACCCUGCAGGCUACUACACCGGCUACAAGGCCACUGCCACGGGACCCAAGCAGCAGGAGCUAAUCACAGCGCUAGAGAAGCAUUUUAAAAAAUUGCAGAAGGACCGCCUGGACGAGGACAGCUGGGAGAAGGUUGUCGAGUUCGCCAUUGGCCAGAUGAUCAACUCGCUAGGGACCGACUUCUCCAGCAAGGAUCUGGAAAUAGGAGUGGCGGUGGCAGGGAAGUUUUUCGUGCUGAGCCAGGACCAGGUCGAGGAGCGGCUGGUCGCAAUUGCUGAGCAGGACUAG